AUAAUAUACCCCCUUCUGGUCACAUGGCUGACUGGCGCGCACAUGUCCCUGUAGAGUUGGAGUCCGACACAAGUCCACGAGUCCCGCCUGUUCCAACUCAAAAAAACAAAAGGUCUUGCCUCUUCCCACCGCAAAAAAAAAAAAAUCCUAGUAAAAAGAAAAAGGUAAAAUCUGGACCUGUUCCAGCCAGGCCAAGCUGCCAAAAGUAGGAAGGAGCACAGAGCAAGUUCCCGAGCCUUUCCUUUCUUCCCCGGCCCCCUCCCCGCUCAUAUAACCCAGCGCGCAAUCACCGCACCGGCAAGGCGAGCCACCCACGACGAGGGCACAGAUUGCUUUGCUUGCGCAGCCGACCAUCGCGACCAUGCGGGGCGAGGCGAGGCUGCUCUGCGCGCUGGGCCUGGUGCUGCUCUGCGUGGCGGCGCACAUCCAGGGCGCGCACUGCCGCGGCGGGGGACACGGCGGGGGAGCAGGACACGGAGGUGGCGGGGGCCACGCGGGAGGAGGCUCCGGGAGAGGCGGCUCCGGGAGAGGCGGCUCAGGCGGAAGGGCCCGUCCGAUCAUCGCCGGCGCGGGUGCGGGCGCCCUCGCUGGGGCUGGCGCGGGCGCGCUCGCCGGCAGGGCCGCUUCGGGGUCGCACGGCCGCAGCGCCGCGGGCGAGCCGCACGGCCGUGGCGUCGCCUGGAGGGCCUCCGGCGCCGCCGCCACCAUCGCGGCCGCGGCGCUCGUUCGGUGGCUCUGAGCGGCGUAAAUCUCGGUACACACGACUGAAUCUACAGUACAAAAUUACUAGCUCUGGUAGCGAUUCUAGCUGUGGUAGAUUGCUGGGUGUAAUCCGGGUUUGCAAAAGGAUGUAAUCCAGGCUGACGAGCGUGAAUUAGUAGUGGUUUGGUCGUGCUGGUUUUUAGUUCGCGGUAGCGGCAGAACGCUGGAUGCAUGUGUAAUUAUGACGAAUUCACUGUACCCUUGAACAGAGCUCUGCGAGGAUCUUUUUACUGCGAUUAGUUCAUAUGA